UUAAAUUCAUAGGCCGCGCGGCGGUCACAUUAGCUACUCAAGCCAGGCGAAAAACUGAAGAAAAUCGGAAAAGUAAAUUGUGUGGCCUCGAGUAUAUUGCUGGUACUUGGACGAAGUACGCUAGAUUUAUUCUUGCCAAGCGGAUGGCCGUUUAAGACGAGGAACUUCAGGAAAAGGUAAUACAAAAAAAAGACCCCAACAUGACCCAAUAUUUGCCGCCGAAUCUGCUGGCGCUGUUCGCGGCACGGGAUCCCAUCCCGUUUAUGCCGCCGGUGGACAAGCUGCCGCACGAGAAGAAGUCUCGCGGCUACCUGGGAGUGGCCAAGUUCAUGGCCGACUUCGAGGACCCCAAGGACACGCCGCUGCCAAAAACGGUGGAGACGCGUCAGGAGCGACUGGAGCGCCGUCGUCGCGAGAAGGCCGAGCAGGUUGCCUACAAGCUGGAGCGUGAGAUAGCGCUGUGGGACCCCACAGAGAUCAAAAACGCCACGGAGGACCCGUUUCGCACGCUGUUUAUUGCCCGCAUCAACUAUGACACCUCAGAGUCAAAGCUGCGACGUGAGUUCGAGUUUUACGGGCCCAUCAAGAAGAUCGUCCUGAUCCACGACCAGGAAUCAGGUAAACCCAAGGGCUACGCCUUCAUCGAGUACGAGCACGAGCGGGACAUGCAUGCCGCCUACAAGCACGCCGACGGUAAGAAGAUCGACAGCAAGCGCGUCCUGGUGGACGUGGAGCGGGCUCGCACUGUCAAAGGCUGGCUGCCUCGACGGCUGGGCGGCGGUCUAGGUGGAACGCGUCGCGGCGGCAACGAUGUCAACAUCAAGCACUCCGGCCGCGAGGACAACGAGAGGGAGCGCGAGCGCUACCGGCUGGAGCGGGAGCGUGAGGAUCGCGAGGGUCCCGGACGCGGCGGUGCCUCCAAUGGCCUGGAUGCCCGAGCUGGACGCGGUUUCGGUGCGGAACGUCGACGUUCCCGCUCAAGGGAACGCCGCGACCGUGAACGAGAUCGUGGACGGGGCGCUGUGGCUAGCAGUGGUCGCUCGCGCAGUCGUUCCCGCGAGCGCAGAAAACGACGAGCGGGCAGCCGGGAGCGGUACGAUGAGUUCGACCGCCGCGAUCGGCGAGACAGGGAGCGCGAGCGGGAUCGCGAUCGCGAGCGUGAGAAGAAAAAGAAGCGCUCCAAGUCACGCGAACGCGAAUCCUCCAGGGAGCGUCGCGAACGGAAGCGAGAGCGAAGGGACCGUGAACGCGGCGCCGGAUCCGGCGGCGAUGUCAAGGAGCGCAAGCCCGACUUCCGCGAAAUGGACGUCAUCAAGAUCAAGGAGGAGCCCAUCGACGAUGGCUAUCCCACAUUUGACUACCAGAACGCGACCAUCAAGCGUGAGAUCGACGACGAGGAUGAGGAGAAAUACCGGCCGCCGCCUGCGCAUCACAAUAUGUUCAGUGUGCCGCCGCCGCCCAUUUUGGCGCGUGGAAAUGCCAGCACGAAUCCCAAUCCCGACAAUGGUCAGCAGAGCUCCGGCGAUCCGAGUUGGUGGCGUCAGUAGAGUCUUGGCGCUCCAAAAUGUGUCAAGGUUAAUAUUUCUAGAAGUCAGACGUCUGUGGGUCGCAACUAUUUAUUCAUUCGACUUGAGGCACAGCAAUCCUGGACAGCCUAACCAUAGCUAUCCAUUUUACACAGAAAAUUUUAAGGUACCACUUGGAGGAAGGCCAAGUAGAACAACAUUAUAGAAACCCAGACCGCUAAACGCAGAAUCCACUAAUGUGUGCGUAGCUUAAAUCAUUUAAAAUUAUAAGUAACUCUUAACAAAUGAAUAUGAAAACAGUAAGUAAAAUAAAACUA